AUGGCAAAAAUAUUUUCACUUGCCAACGAGUUAUUGGCCUCAAUCUUCAAACACCUAAAUGGAAUCGAACUUGCCGUUGUUGCAAGAACAUGCCAAAGAUUCCACGACGCUUCGUUCAUAGAUCAAAUAUGGCAACAUUUGUGCUUCAGAGGUAAGUUUUACAAUACAAUCAUGUCUUCAGCAAUUCUAAGGGACACGCAAAGAACGGUUGCGGUAUAAAAUCUUUGUAUUUUAAUUGCGGAAUGUGAUCUCAAAUGAACGUGAAAGCAGACACGAUGGGCGGGAUUGAAAUGAUCUUUGAGUCUAUGUAAAGUUUUAAUCGAUAAUUUCUUUUCAAAUAUUACACCGUAAAGCUUUUAUUUAUACACUUGACUUAGAAGAAGGUGUGAGGUCAUCAACAAGGAAGGUUUAAUAUUGCAACUGAAACUCUGUUAUUGAACAGUUAAGCUUACACCUUUUUCUCCUCGUUGUGACGAAUUGGAAAUGUCAACAACAUUUCCGGAUUAACUUACGUAUGUACGUGAAUAUCGAAUCUUGUAUUUGUGCCUGUACAAAACUCUUGACAGUACUGCUGACGGUAGCACUUUUUUUUUUCGCUUUCAGCAACGUUCAGGUUCAGCCAGUAAUCAGUCAAGUUGUUCGAAUGUUAUGUGUCACCUAAAUAUCAUUAUUGAUUAUGUAAUACAUAACCAUUAAAGCGAAUACUUUUUAAAUGAAUGUAGGAAUCUUUGAAAUAGCUUAAGAAAACAGUCGACCUUUCGCGACACAACCACUUCUUCCCCAACGAAAUUAUACCCUAGGAGUGACCGCAGAAAUUCCUUGCUAAGGAUGUGUACUACUCAGAUCUGGGUAGUGCUUUUGAUUGGUUGAAGGAAGUUUCCCACACUGCAGGGCCAUUCAGAAGCACAGCCCACUUUGCAGACUGGUGCGGCUGACCUAAUCUUUAUAACUGAAAUGCAUUAAAGGGGCUGUGUCACGGCAGUCCAGUUCAUUUUGUUUAAUUUUGCCAAUUAUUCACCCUCAAUCACUAUGGAAUUUAAAGUAAGUAAAGAAAUUACAUGUAAAUGACAAAAUCAGAGAUUCGAGACAAACAAAUAUGUCUCCUGAGCAUUAUUUUUGAAGUUGCAAGCAGCAGGGAUCAACGUUGCAAGGCUGAAUAGUUUUUGAAAAUCCUAAUUUCAAUCCGUUUCAAUCUUCUUGAGUUUUGCCCAUGCGUGACAUCUGUUGUAUCUGUUUUGUUAUUUUAACCUUCCUUUAAAGUUUGAAGUGGUUAUUUUUAUGUUUCUCUUAAUUUAACGGGCAUUUUGUAAUUUCCUAAUUUGGGCUGAAUUUCGUGACACAGCUCCUUUAAAUAUAUUAAAACAGGCAAGCAAGUAAUCAGAACUAUCAGCCCACAUAUCAUACCAAUGCUCAGAUUGUUUUGAAUACCUCAAACAAAUCCCUUCUUAAAUCAACACACCCAAAAAUAAUUUCCUGACCCCAAAAAAUGCCAGACUGAAAAAUUUCAAACCUCAAAAAUCUUUUGAUCAUCCCUGCCAUUUAAAUUAUCCCUGUUACCUUUUCAAACUAAAUUCUGUUUCUAGACUACGGUGUAUCCUCACUGGAGCAGUGGUCUCUCACUUCCUUUCGGGAUUUGUAUAUUCUGGGUAAGUUUUGUACAUUGUAAGUUUUGUAAGUUUUGUUUUAUCUUAGAAAUCUAGACUAGUUUGACUUAAGUGAUGGUGUUUUCCUCUAAAUUCUCAUGUUUCUUUUUGUUAUUCUCGCUGUUUAAUCCUCAACUGAAAGACCUUUUUAUUUUGAUGCUGAUUACCAUAACAAGGUUCUGAAGUUUUUUUAUUCUAGAGUGCAACGUUUUUUGAUUUGACAGCUACUUGUUAAUUUGCUUCGGUUACUUUUUAGAGUUUGUUACGUCAGCUAAGUUUUUUUUUUCACAACUCUUAUCAUAGUUCUGCACAAGUAUGGCUGUCUGCUUGGGGUUUGGAAAUGCAAUAUAAAUCCCUAUGGUGGCUUGGUGCAUAUUAAGGUAUGGAAACAAAGUCGUUAUUGUUGUUCUUGUUUUUUUGUACAAACUUUUUCCCUUGUCCAUCCUGCAAUUGUCAUGUUUUAUACCUGGAGCACGUGAUAUUAAGGUUUGUGUCAAUUCUAUUUUUUCUAGUUUUUCUUUUGUAGUAUGAAUAACUUAAGGUGAAAUACAAAUUUGCCGUUAAAGUUCGAGACGAACAUUGGAUAAUCAGUGGACGCGAUAUUCACGUGUUUAUUAUGUUUGAUUCCGUUAUUACCAGACAAAGUUUUGAGAAGAUCUGUGAGGAGAGUCGUUUACACCGGACACAGCUGAAACUACGGUUCAUAACUUAAAUCGAACGACCAAUAUGUGGCUUGGUUGUCAAGGGAUUCCCGAGUAGUGCUGCCAAGAUGAUGUUGAUUAUGAUGAAACUCACCAAAGUGUGAGGAUGAUUUUCGAGGUUCAAGAAGGUCUAAUGUUUUCAGAUCAAGUGCAAUUGUACAUGAAAACGAAUGUAAAGUAAUGUUACAAAAGGUUCUUUCUUGAGAGAAGAACUGUUGAAAAGCCGAACUAAAGCAAGGAGAUUAAAGGGAGAACACUAAAACUAAGAAAUUGAAAUCAAAGUAGCUGAGGAUGCUGUAGAGUUGGCUAAGACUAAGGUCCAGUUUUAAGAGGAGCUAGAAGAUGCCUUUAGAAGUCCUAUUAGCGGAGCAAAUAGUGUACAAGACAUAAGCUGUGAGGAACAAACCAAAGACAUUACUGAAACCCAUAACCACAAUAAGGAGUUGAAGAAAGGACUCAUAAAGUUGGAUUUUACAGGACGUAAAUCCAAGUUGAGAGAUGGGGAGUCAGCAUUAAGCGCACCAUAAGCUCAGAAAUCGUGGGUCGAGCGGCUGUCCACGAUGGACGUAUCAUGGGUUUGCGAGCUCGCUCUAGCGAGGGACAGAAAAGUUUAAAAAAUGUGAAUUCAGACAAGUAUGACUAAAUCGGGAAGAAGGAAAAGAAAAAAGGUCAGUAGUUCAUCGAGUUUUGAGGAUAAUACAACAGUCCAGCAAGAGGAAGACGAAGAGUCGGACUCAGAAACGUCUGCAACAAUGGCGGCUAACGACAACGUUAGUGAAACGCCUUCGCUAAUUGAAAUAUGGAAGGUUCUAACGCAAAUCAAAACAAAUAAGGAAAAGCUGGUCUUAAACAUGGAAUCUCUUAAAGGAAAUUACAAAGAGCUAAAAGAAGCUUUGCAAAAUACCAAAGGACAAGUCGACACUCUUGUCAAAGAAAAGAAGGCUGAAAAAGCAAGGUAAAAUGACUCGAGCAGCAGCUAUUAGAGUCCAAGAAGGAAGUGGAAGAGUUGGAUGGAAGGCUUAUAACGAUAUCGAAGCCAGACAUGAUGACCUCGAGCAAUAUACUCGAAAAUUCAAUCUGGUUAUACACGGAGUCCCUGAAGUUGGAGAAGAAGAUAUUAAACGUAGCGAAUGUUGUUACAGUAGGAAAACGUCUGCAAGUGAAUUUAACACCCGGGGACAUAGAAUGCAUCGAAUGAACACGAAAAGCAAAGACAAGCCCCGACCAAUCAUCGCCAGAUUUAGCAACUACAACGCAAAAAGCAAGUUGUACAAAGCUAGACUAAAUCGCUUCGAAAUGCUAACUUGAAAGAUGUAGGGGCAGAGAAGAUAUUUAUUAACGAGAACCUAUCGGCGUGGGAGCCGAGCUUUUCAAAGAGGCGAGAAAAGUAAAAAAAAAAAAAAAGAUCACAAUGGUAAGACAUGGCCUGUUAAUGGCAAAUUUUUUUGGAAAACAGACAUCACCGCUAAAAUAUUGAGAAUUGACUCCCACGAAGAUCUUCGAAAGACCUUUAAUUUUCCAGACGAACUGCGGAAGAAAAGGAGAAAAAAACGAUGACCUGCGAACACUAACUUUUCUUCUACAUACUUGGUAAAUUACUACAACUGUUUUAAAUGUACCUCUCUAGCUAGCACCAAUGAGCUUUCUUUUAGGCCAGUUGGUAUUUUAAUACCCAAGAGAGGUAAGUAAUUUGUAUCUUUGUUUGCCUGUCGUUUUUUGUUUGUUUCAGUGUUUAGUUUUUGCUUAAUUCUAAUCAACGUUAAUGUUCUAGUGUUAUGUCUUUUUUUAAGUUUUUGUCGCUUAACGUGAGAGGUUUAUGAAAUCGAGAAAAAAGAAGAUUAAUAUUUACAUGCUUGAAAAACCAAAAAGCUAGCGUUUAUUUUCUUCAAGAAACCUUGUCGAACUCUAGAGAUGAGAAGGUUUGGGCGGCGGAAUGGGGUGGUCAGAUUUUUUUAUUCACAUGGAUCAGAUCAUUCCAACGGCGUGCGUUAUUAGGCUGAUUUAGCAACAGAACGGGAACGUCUGUUGACGACCGCGCGCGCAAAUCAAACGACUGGAUUGACCAAUGGCAGAGCGGCAAAUUGAGUUUAGUCCUUUCCACGCGCUUACCCGUCGGCAAAUUACGUUCCCGUUCUGUUGCUAAAUCAGCCUAGUGGAACUCGACACCAAUAGGAGAUUUAUAAUUUUGCGUCUAAAAACACAGGGUGAGGCCAGGUUAGAUGUGGUCAAUGUUUAUGUCCCCACAGAUAAUCGUGAACAAAAGGAGUUCCUCAAUUCUUUUAACAAAAAAAUUAUAUCGUUGACUGAUACUUCUAAUUUAGUAAUGGCAGGUGACUGGAAUACAACAAUAAGUCCAUUAGAUAAGCAAGGAGGUCUUACUUGGGAAGAAACUAAGUAUAGAAAUUCAUUAAUUCAUUUCAUAAAAGAGAUCAAUUUAGUUUACAGCGAAAUGCAUCCUAAAAAUAAAUCCAACACAUACGAAUCAAAGCCUUUGAAAUUAAAAUCCCGAAUAGAUUUUUUCUUAGUACGUGGUAAAUACAAGCCAGAUAUUACUAAGGUCGAAACGCGGUUAUCUAUCGCAGCUGAUCACAAAGCAGUCUUCUUAAGCAUGAAUGUUAACGAGGAAUUUAAACGUGGACAAUAAAUUAAGAGAAUUUGGUUACAAAAUUCUCCAUAGAAUUGUAGUGACCAAUAAAAAACUUAAGAAAUUCAAAAUCAGAAAUGAUGGUUUUUGUGAUCAGUGCAAGAACCCUGAUUCACUGGAGCAUACCUUCUUACAAUGCCCUGUAAAUGUUAAAUUUGUAUCAUGAAAACUUAUCAUUGUGUUAUGUGUCCCAUAAUACUCUUAUAAAUCUUUCCUCUGAGCAAAUUCUGAUGCAAAAAUAUAUCCCUGGUCCUAUAAGUGAUAACCUCAGACGCCGCCUAGAAUUGCUCAUCCUGUUUAUUAAAAAGUAUGUAUAUAGUUGUAAAAUUAAUGUGAUGCCCCUUAACUGUACGCAAUGUAUAGAUAAUUUAAAAACACAGUGGAAAAUAGGAAGAUUAACUUAGAGUAAUUAUUCUCUCUCUUAGCCUUCUUACGUGUAAUUAAUUAAUAAUUAGGCUAAUAAUGUAAGUUGUGAGCAAUGAUGUUGUAAAUUAGUAUUACGUAUGUUGAUGUCAGUAAUUUCCAUUUACUUUUUUUGUUCUCUUUCCCUUUUAGUGUGUUUCUGUAUUUUUGUUUUUCAAUGUCAUUAUUGCAAAUAAAUAAAAAAUAAGCUCAGAAAUCAGCAUCCACAAUGGCGUGAGGAAACAGCCGAAAUUCCAUCAGCAUGGAAUUUCCGUGGGGAAGGCCCUUUAAUAUUGUUGCCCACAACAUAUUGGACAACUGCAUGCAGUGACAAAGGUAUGAGUUGAUGGGUCAAGCCUUUCAAAAAACGAUGGACAAGAAGCGUUGGAGAUUGCGGACUGCUUAAGAACUCUCUAGGAAAUGAACACCUGAAAUUUCGCAAUAAUGUCGAGGAAGCUACUGCCUGUUGCGGUGCACAUUAAGUAGACAGAUGAGUCUUUCCAAUUAAGGGAAGGUAAAGGUUCUCAACUCUGAAGGAAGUAGUGGAGUUUAUUGAAAGGCGAGGAGAGGCAGCUGAUGACCUUAUCUUUGGAGAGGUUGGAGAGACGAAGCAGUUCCUUCAGAGAAGAAACCCAAGGUGUGGCCGACAACCGUUGCCCGCGAACUCCAAUGCAAUAUUCCACGACAUCAAGGAUUAGGUUCUGCCGAUGAGCAGGGAGGUACAAACCGUUUAUGUCUGUGGGAAGAGAGUGACCUUUAGAGGCGCUCAAUAUUUAAUGUAUCUUUUGGGUCACAUGUUUGCCUGAAGAGAGCUGCUAAGGACUGUAAAGGAAGAUUAAUGUGGGGGCUGUGAAUGCUGUCAACGAUUUCUUUUACGUAAAUGACGUCCUCGAGUCAGUAAGGACAGUAAUUGAAGAAAGCAAACAGAGUGAAAUGUCUGCUCAGUAAGCCGGGUUUAGAAUGACCAAAUGAGUAACAGUCGAGAGAUGCUGUCCGAAGUACCUGAUGCAGAGAGUGCGAAUCCAACCCCGGAUUUGGAACUCGAGAACCUUUAGUUUCAGUGACAGAACGCUAGGUGUACAAUGGGAUUUAGAGAAACACCGGCCACCUACAAAACGUGGAAUUCUGUAAGUUUGCUGUAUGAUCCAAUGAGAUCUCCUUUCCCGGUUUUCUUGAAAGUUAAGAAGAUUAUGCAGAAAAUUUGGUAGCAGAAUCUUGGAUGGGACGAUGAAAUACCAGAAGAUUUGUAGAGCCACUAAAACAAGUGCAAGUGUGUGUUGGCUGCCUUAUCACAAUUUCAAGUAAUUACGAAGCCACAUGAUUGAUAGAACCGUACGUACUGGACAUAUGAUAUUCCUUCAUGUAUUCUUGGAUGCUUCCGAAGACGGUUACUGAAAGUGCGCCUGUCAGAUUUUUUUAUCACUUUGAAAUUGUUAGAUGUCAUUGGCGUUUCGACUUGAAAUGUCAAGGAGUUCGCCAGUUAGACCUCUGUCACUUCCAAGGCUUAAGUUACAAGCAGCCACAGUCUCUAUUAAGUACAGAGUGCUGAUUACAAGAGUGCUGAGCACAAGAUUAGCAAGGUUAUUUUUUGGUCGGAUUCUCAGAGUGACGUUGCAGUAUAUUAAGAAUGGAACCAAGCGAUGCGGUUGCCUUGCCCGACCAAUGGAGGUUUUGCUCAGGAAGGAUCAAUCUUGUCAAUGAUUCUUCACUUGGCUUUAACCCCAGAAACAUCUUGAAACAGAGGACCUGAGUUCCUUUGGGAGGUAGAGGAAUGCUGGCCAAGUGCAAAAUGUAGAGAAAUCCCAGAUAGCAUCUCAGAGGUGCAGACUUCAGCCAAAGUUCAACUUUGCAGUAUACGAACGCACCGUACUGACGGUCAUUAAACCGACUCUCUAACAAAUAGAUUCCAUGUUGCCGUGCGUCUGUUCAGUAAUAGCUCACAGGUGACGUCAGAAUGUGAUAAAAACAAAGAAGUAUGUCACUGAUGUUUUUAUCACAUUCUGACGUCUUCUGUGAUCUAUUACUUGGUAUCUACUUUUCGUCUGUGCUUCUUCUGUUUUCUUUUUCAUACUUGAAUACAGUCUCUUCGAAAAGUUUUUUGAAUGUCUGUUCUUGCUGAAAGCAAAAUAACGGCGGAAACAUUUUGCAAAACAGCGAGUCUCAAGGAGUGAUGACACACAAUGGCAACUGUUGUGAAGGUUUCUUGCAGUUUAGGCAUUCUUAAGUUGUCAGCAAACUCUCCAUUUUCCUUCUUUGUAAAUAGCUCUUCCUAAGUCUUUUUCGAGGCUUUGACUUGCUUAAUCAGAAAUAAUUUCACAAAGGUAUUCAAAACCGCGCGCGCAAGUUUCCCGUGACGUACUCUAAUAGAUCACUGGCAACGAACAAUCACAGCGCGCGUAGCAUUCACGUCAUUGUAUAAAGUGAAAUGGAAAGACGGUCGUGUAGGCUUAAAGAGGCUCAUAGAGACCUGCAGCUUGUGUGCCGUGUUACAGGUGUAGCGUGGAAAGUUCGAUUCUGUCACGUAUACGAGGAUUGUCCGCUCUAGCGGCCCAUAGGGAGCUUAAGCAACGGCGACGGCAAUGAGAACGUCAAAAAAGUAAUAGGUUUAGAUUGACAAAACAACAACUUUGCACGUGCAACACGCUUUUCUGUACAUUUCUUUGCUUUCACUGCACGACUUCGACGUGAAACUGCCUAAUUUCACGUUUUGUGGGGGACUUAAACAGCAAGACAAACACAUUCUUUUUCCUGAACUUCGAUACAGUCUCUUAGAAUUCAACUCCAGAAAAAAUCGCCAACAUUUGAGGAAUUGAACGAGAUGGAAUAAGCGCGGUAAAGUUUCAAGCAGCGCGAAUUGACUUUAAAGUUACGUUUUCGGAGCCGUCGCCGUCGUUGUUGCUUAAACUCCGUAUUGACUUUAAUGGAACUGUAUCAACUUAAGUUUUUGUUCGCUGUAUUGAGAACGAAUGCUUUCCUGAAGAUGUGAAGGAAGUGAAGCAGAAUAUGGAAGGGAAGAAAACUGGCGGCGGUCAUUUUGGUGUUCCAAAACAAUAAGCAGUUGCCAUGUUGUUUUUCCAAACCAAUCCUGUGGUAGUUCAAUUCUUUUCUUAACAAACGCUUUCUUUUGUUCAACUCAAUUGUCAAAGAUGCUGACCACGUGAGUGAAAACUUUCUCUCCUCUUUCAGGCGUCACCAGGAAAGAUUGAAGCUCUUGAGUGUCGUGCGCCCUUUGAUCCCGAGAUAACAAGUCCUUUGAGACCCAAACUUAUGUUUACUAUAACAGUACAGGAUGGAGAAAUUGUUGCUUUGUGUUUCAGCGACUGGGAAGUAGAACCACACAGAGGAAAGCUUUCUGUAAGUUUGUUAAAUACAGAUAAACGCAUCCUUCCAUCUUCAUUCAAAUACCACCUUGUCAUUAGGUAGUGUGUGCACAUUUACAUUUGUGGCCUUGAUUUCAAUGGGUCUCUCCGUGGCACAAACGACAGGGUACCUGCCCCUUGUUUUGUAGUCUGCUACACAGCCGUUCUUGUGUCAUCACGCAAGCGGAGAGGGGCGUUUCGUGACCACACAGAAAAAAAAACAGUGUAGCAGACUACUUGUUUGGGAAGUGAAUGGUGAAUCUUGGCUGGAACUCCAGAGCCUGACUUACUCCACGCUCGUUACAUGGUGAUUGUCACAUUCACCAUAAAAUAUUGCACUCUUUCUUUUUCAAUAAGUAUUCAAUUUGUAAAUAAAAUUAAAUUGUAACCCCGCCUUAUGACCCCUCUGUUUAAACAACCACCUUUUUUGUAAAACGUCCUGGUUUUUCAAUCACAUUGCUUUGGUCCAAACCUAAAAUAACUCAGUCAUUUUCACUGAUAUCAACACCACAUCGAUAAGGCCAGGAUUUCAUGGCUCAGUGGUCGGGAUAAAUUAACAGGGUUCCAUUAUAUAGUGGCUCCUUGAUUGCGUCAACAGAACGAGUCAUUGAGGUCCCAUUACAUAUAUAAUGAAGACGAAAAAGAAAUUUAACGAAAAUACAAAAAAGUAAUAUUGAUAAUUUUCUACGAAUUACCCAUAAUACACCUCGUUUACCCCCAGAAAUUUUGCAUUACUUUUGCUUUUAAUUUAACCUGGGUAUUCAUUCGUCGCUAGAGAAAUAUACCUUAUUCGUGAUACCCGUCAUCUUGGCGCGCUCUUUAGGAUUGAUGGGAUAAAAACAAUCUCAAGUGGUAUUUCAGGGGGCAAAAAUCUGCCAAUAGGAGUAAUAGCGGUCGAGUUUGUUCAUUUGCUCAAAACGAAACAACAUUUUUAGUCCGUUAAAAAUGUACAGUUCGAGUUUCGACAAAUUUUACGUCACUAUCGCUUGCUCUGAGGAUAUCUACGGUCGCUACUGCAUCCAGAAAAGUAACAGUGAUCACUUCCACUCAUAAUUUACCAUUAUCGUGUUAAAGAUAAAAAGUCAUUCUUCAUUGCCUGUUGUCUAGAAUAAACAAACUUGAACGCAAGUUCUUGUAUUUGCAGCUUUAUUCCUUGUUUUCCCCUCUGAGAAACCACGUGACAUUGCUUUCAUCCCAUCAGUGCUUGAGUACGUGCUAAGAUGGCGGGUAUCGUGAAUAAGCUCUAUUGAAGACAAUACUUAUGCAAGCUAUUUUUGAGGGGGGUGUGGUAAACAAGUUCAGUGUAUUAUGGGCAACGUGAAAAUGAUGAAUUGUCACCGUUUUGGAAUAAGGUUUUUGUAGUCAUUUCUUUAAUGAGUUAAUGUAUUAUUCCUUGUCUUCUUUGGCCUUGAAAAGCUUCAUAAUUAUUUGCGGUGACAAUUCAUUGUCCUGACGUGAUAUGUCUUAAAUUUGUUUUGUUUUGUUGGUUUUGCAAGUUUCUUUGUGUUAAUGUCUUUUCAAACUAAUUUAAUAUUUAAAUAACAGCUGGAAGAGAACGAGGAAGGAGAGGUUGUUCAGUUCUCAUUCAAGUGUGACAGCGAGUCAAAGCACGAAAUCCCAACAGACAGAGAAGAGGUUAGUUAUUUUAAGAGUGACACUGAUACACUGGUACGAGUGAUUGACUGGGAAAUAAAUUCCGCAUUGUCUAUUGAGUGGACGAGAAAUUUUUUAUUGGGUAGCAUAGGCCUUAAGGUACCAUUUAUAAUUUUGUACCGACUUAACAGCCAAGUUAAAUGAGAAAUACUAACACCAACAGUUUAUGGCCCUUUUCUUGAACCAUUGCUUCGGGGUUUAAGCAGCUACGUUUUUGAUCGACUCACGUCAACCGGAAGAAAGCCUUUUCUUUUUUAUGACGCUGCAAAAUUUGUAUUGGUAGAGUCGUUUGCCUAAAAAGUUGUUCGAUAUUACGGCCCAAGAGUGAAAAAACAACUUCCAGUUGACUUGCGUCGCGCAAAAACGUCGCUGCUUAAACUUCAUAGAGUCAAAAGCACUGCACGUGGCUUACUCGAAUGCGGUAUAAAAAGUCGUAUGUUAUAAUUUGGAGGAAAUGGUAGCGUGGCGUUGUACAUGUAGAAUCUUAUUAGCAUUGGAAUACUGUACAUCUACCGCUAAAUAACACGCAUAACAUAACGUCAGUGGUCGUUAACUUGUACUAAGAGCACUGUUUAUGUAUUUUUAGGGUAUGGGUGUUCUAAGAAGAUGGAUGAAGGAGGAGUAUAAUAACGAAAACUUGUUGUUUUAUCAACCUCACAUGGUUCAGCUUGUCCUCAUGAAAUAUGUUACAAUGCACUCUUUACACAAGUAAGACAUUUAACAUCUGUUGGUGGUUUGGGGUUUUGUUUGUCUUAAGGUGAGGUUACACGAGACAAUCCGCAACGAUGACUUUUAAUGCAACCCUUCGUUGUAAUGCUGGAACAAUAUUGUAGGCAUUCAAACCAAUGCUGCAACAAUGUUGCAAAACUGUGUUGCGCUAAAACUCAUCGUUGCGAAUCGUCUCGUGUAACACCACCUUUAUAUCACCAUUCGAGCAGAAGCUCGAUUGAGGAGAGGCUACGCCAGAAACGCGUCAAGCGUUUGAAGUUGCCGAAGCUUGAACUUCUGGGCAAGUCAAUCGUCUUUUCUCUCUUCAAAGUGCUUUUUCUAGUGCGAGCAUCCGUUUGUUGAUAAAACCGAUGGUUAUAACUGAGCCCGCUGUACCAAACAGCGGCAAACGCGCGGCUUUUAGGCCUGGGUUUGAGACUGCACCCUGGAAAUAAGUAGCGCAUGCUCAACAAAGAUCUUUCUCGAUUCAUUUUCGAUUCAUACAUAGUGUUUCUCGAGUACGCGAAAAUUGAGCAGUCGAAGAAAGGCUCUGCCGAAAUGGUGGUCCUAUAUAUCACAGAGCUUGUAAACGUACUCUUGCACCAAAGGAAAAACCUUAAACUUCCGCUUACAAGCCCAGGGCUUAUGCAACUUCGUAAGGGGUUUUAGGUAGGAGUGUAACGAUUCAUAUUCCCUGCGAUUCGAUUCGAUUUUGAUUAUUUCGAUUCGAUUAUGUAAAUGUUUCUUAAUUCUUAUAACAUAACGCGUAAUGUUAACAACAUGCAACCCUUAACCCUCAAUUGAACAUAGUAACAGGGACAGGAGGAUUCACAGUCGCUUGGUUCGUCGCCAUGUUUGAGAACCUGACAAAGAACGUGUCACACAUGUUUGCCUUAUUUGGAAAUUCUCAAGGGGUGGUUGAAGGACAGCAUUUUUACAAGGCAACACAAAUGGCACACGAACUGCUAUCGUCUUUGCUUGUCAAUCAAAAACGCACAUUUUAAAGAGUUCUGGAUUCUGAUUUUACAAUAUAAUAACUCACUGAGGGUGUGCAAAAAUCGAACCAAAAUCGAAACGUGGAAGCAAAGAAUCGUGAAUCGAACCGAACGGUCAUAAUCGCGAUUAAUCGAGAAUUCGAUUAAUCGUUGCACCAUUAAUUUUAGGAGGGCUUACAAACAGGGGACUUAUACCCGGGGGGCUUACAGUUGAACUAAAAGAGCUUACAAAAACAAAAUACUGUUUGAAGUUAUUCACUUUUUUAAGCUUGAAAACGUGGUAAACAAUCGAAUUCAUUUCAAUACAAGGUAGAGGGAGGCUUAUAUAUUUGGGGAGGUUGUAAUGUAUGUUUUCUAUUUACAGGUAGAUGGACCUAUGGGACUUUAAGAUACACCGUUUCUGCCUACGGGUACGGGUAGUCGAACAUGUUUGCCUCGUCAUUAUACAAAAGGCGACCAUGAUUUCCCAGAUGUGAUAACGGUAUCACCGUUCUACCCGGUAGCCUAGCCGUUUCUCCGGUGUAAAAGGCUGUCUACCCGUAUUUACAGCUCCGCGUACGGGAAAUGUACCCGUACUCGUACACGCUUUCGGUGUAUGUUACGGUCUCUAUGGGGGGGGGGGGGGGGGGGGGUUUAUAGGGCUUAUAACCGGAAGGUUAAGGUUCCUGCGUAUAAGUAGUAUAGUAGAGACGCUUUGGGACGUGUUUUGGGCAGGAAUCGUCUCAGUGUGGAAGGAGUACAUUAACAUUAAUGCUGUCAUAUGCCAGGGUCUUAAUCAUGAAAACUCGUUAAACUGCCGUUGGAAUUGUGAAAGGCUGACUUUUAUUAACGAGCGCAAUGCUAUAAAUUUUACAGACAUUUAUAAAAUUUGACUUCUUAAGUCAUCUUGAAAUUUCUUGCUUUCUUUAGAAACCCGCUUCAGUUUGAGGCCCUUCGAAUUCCUCGUCGUAGUGGCAACAACUCUUUGCUGGCUGCAGGUGUAUUUAAGGUAUAUAUUGCCCUAUGAUGGAAAACAAGGAUAGAUACAAAGUCAUCAAGGCUCAAUGAACUAAGUAUUCUUAGACCUAUCAUAUGUCAGUUGUGCUCUCCUCCUCCUCCUUCUCCUCAACAAAAUUUGGGUUUAAUACAAAUCAGUGUCUUAUUUUUCAUGAAUCUGAAGACACUUCUCAUCAACCUUAAACUGACUUCCUCACUGUAGUAGACCGCUCAAAGCAAUAAACAGUUGUAGCUAGUAACGAUUUGAUUAUGAUGUCGCCUUAAAAUUAUUCCUCUACAUAACACGCGUGGUUUGUGGCGUUAUAAUGCAUGCGCGUGCUUCUGCCUUUUUGUGGCUUUUCACUCGACAUAACUAACUAAUGCCAUGGUCGCAAUUCUUCUCCCUGUUAGGUUACGCAACAGAUAACAAAAUUUUGAAAGUUCACAUCAAUUGAAUCAGUAGAGUUUUAAGAGUAAAAUGAUGUAAUUUUGUUGCCUAUGAUCGUCUGCCUACCUCUCUAAUGUUUGCUGCAGUAUCAUUGUUUCCAUGUUAUUGCAGGGAACGUACAGCAGUCAUGGAGUGGAACUUGUCAUGAUCUCUUUUACCGACCAGAAAAUGAUAGGCACAAAGAUAACGGUACGUAGCUCGAAAAGCACAAAUGGAGAUUGCUUGUUUAAUCUUUUUAAAAAUCCUGCCUAUUUGGCUAUGAUGUGACCAUUCAAAUGAAAGCUCUCUGCCUGUACUUACACAUGGUGCUAUUUGUUUUUCAAAAUUUUACAAAAGGAAAUUUGGAAAUCUGUUUGAAAUUUGCCUUUGGCUACAUUUGGCAGUGAACUGCUUAAGAAACUGUUAGUAAAAGCGUGGCAGAACAGCACGACACCAGCAAUUGCUUCCCCGCGAAACAACGUCUGAGAAACGACCGCAGAAAUUCCAUACUGAUGACUUGUCACUACCCAGAUUAGCCUGUGAAAACAGUCAUCUCUUCUCGCCCCUCGCCGUUUGGGACGUUUCGCCAGAAAGGGCGUCUGCGCCUAAGCGACAGAAAUUCCAUACUGAUGACGUAAAAGCUGUCCGGAGUCUGGUCAGGAACUCUGAUUGGUCGACGUCGUAGUUAUAUUGUUAUGAACGAUAGAAAAAAAGCAAACAGUCACAAAGGUCAAAUAUAAACACGAGGAAUCUACUAAAAACAAUCAAUAUUCUUGAAAUAUAUUUUUCUUCAGAGGAAGCAUUGUAAUUUUUCUGGAGCUCGUUCGCAGAAGAGCUCAAAACUAUACCAUGAUCAACCAGGAGAACCAUAAAAGAUCUAAAAACUAACAAAUUUACUUUUGGAACCCCAUGACUACCGGAUUAAUUAUGUCAACACUGGUUUACGUCAUCAGUAUGAAAUUUCCGUCGCUGAGGCGUAGACGUCCCUCCUGGCGAAACGAGGAACGAGAAGAGACGGCUGUUUUAGCAGGCUAUACUCAGAUCUAGGAAAUGCCUCCGAUUGGUCGUGCCCCGUGGGAAAAUUGCUUCAACCAAUCAGAAGCACUACCCAGAUCAGGUUAGUUAUGCGUCAUCAGCAUGGAUUUUCUGCGUUCCACCCUCAGGCGUCAGUUUGCGUGGCGAAAUUUCGUCCGUUUUCUCAAGCUAGGUAAGAAAUAACGAUGAAGCGUAGUUUCUAGCUUACCUAGUCGCCUUUAACAGGGAGACCCUAAUGUGCCAGGAGGGGAGGUGACGUUUGAAGUCGAUCUUACAAAGCCUUUACCUGAUGAAGCAGCAGCCGACAGUGGAGAGCCGAAAAGGUUUAGUCUUCCUCAAGGUUAUGAAGCGAGAUAUACAGACUUUCCCAGCCACUACAAGGCUAGGUAGGAGAUUUUUGGUUUUAGGCAUACAAUUUUCUGCUUGGGUGUGGUCCUGUUCCGGGGAUUGAUCCCUCUUCCGGGGGAGGUCUAUUUAAAUACGCGGAUAUGUACCAUCCUUUGGAUUACUGACACUACGCUGAUAAAGAAGGUGCUGUUUGCGAAGUAUAGGCGUCCAUACAAACGGGACUCUUGGAUAAAUAUCGCUUAAUUAUUAAAUGUCUCCAUUGAUCAGGCAAAGAGGUCUACACAAGAUUCGCUGCACUGGUCGACCGUGUAUUCGCCAGUGCAACUCCCUGGUAACAGGUUUACCGUCUGGAGGAUUUUAACUGUACGGUACUGUAAUGUGAUUAGAACGUUCCAUAUGCGAGGUUUUUUCUAAAACGGGGGUAUAAUAUAACCUCUCCGUAUCGACACCUGUAAUACGAAGGUUUCACAGUGCACAAAAGCUUUACAAUAUCCACAGCGUUAGAUUGGUUCGGAAUUAAUGUGAAUGAAACAUUCUUCUUAAACAGUGUCCUAUUUCUGGAUGGUAAAUGUCGACCAGAAAAUCACCGAAGUACCCCUCCCCUCUGUUGUCAUGGAAACCUCGGGGUCUGAUAGAACCAAAAACUAGAAUCUACGAGACUAACAAAAACGCUCUGCUUCAUGUUGUAUUUCUCUCAGCUCGGGUGUAUUAAUACUGUCAUAUAUCUCUAAGCUGCACAACCCUGAAACCAGCAUUUUUUUUUACCGGAGCUCUUGUUUUUUUUUUUUUGCUGAAAGAGGCAAGGCACCGGUUACGGUAUUACAUUAUGACUUUACGCGCCAAACGGUCUCUAAUAGUUUCAGUAAACCAUGGAGACUAGCUCAUACAAGAAUUAAAAAUUAGUAGUUCAACAUUUCCAUCUGACAAGGUGUUGGAGACUUGUCAUCUACAUGUUGUCAGCAGUUUUGAUCCAAUUUGCUCGCGUCCUACUUUGUUUUUCUCAACAGUGGAAACCAUUCAGUGACGUGGAUCGUCCAACAUAUUCUUCCAACGGUUACUGUCUAAUAACUGAAUUAUUUUGGAAGAUAAGAUUUUUAUUUAGGAUUAAGAUUAUUUUAGGACAUUUGAUAAGGCCAACACAAUAGAACUUGAAUCCAAUUGAAUUCGCACCUAUAGAUAAACCCUUUGAUGUAGUCACGAGAUUAUUACGUCCCUAGCGGCUCCUUUUUCCUUUUCGUCCCACAAGGUGACACAAGGAUCCUUUCCGAGAAGACUAAAGUCUGUAACCGGUUGCAGAUGUAAAACAAGGAUAGCAUAUGCCUUCUCAGUUAUUUUUAGAACCUUAGUGUUUGUCCUGCCCGGACGUAAGCCUAAUCCUCUGAAGCCUGGUACCUAAUCAACUCAAUCAACUGAGCUAACUAGUCAGCGGUUAUAGAAAUGAAUCCUGUUCUAAUCGCGGUAAAGUUCCUUUCUCCUCUCCCCUAUGGUUUUUUUUUCCGUUAUAUUGGAUUUCUUUCGGUUGAUCCAUAUCUUAUGAUGGCACAAUCAUUUCCCGUCGUUUUUGUGAUAUAUUUUGCCUUCUUUUUUAACAUAUUUAUCUCCUGUUUAACCUACCUGUAGAUUUCACAGCGUCGGACAGAUCGCUAGCCAUGGGUUUGUGUCUCCUCAAUGGACUCCCGCACACUUUGUUUUGUUUAACGAUGACUUGUUUGGUUUCCUAUGGAUUGAACUGAUGGCGUUCAGUGUCUAUAGUAGAGUGACUGAGCCUUACCUGAAAUGA